AUGGUGGGACCUCCUGACACGAGAAGACGGUACAGACAGUGUGAAUAUCACAAAGAUCACGGCCAUGAUACGGACAGCUGCUAUGCUCUGAAAGACCACCUUGAGGAAUUGGUGCAAGAUGGUCGACUUCAGCAACACGUACAAAAGAACCCAAUCAAAACUGUUGCCCUUAGGCAGGAUUUGCCUCCGCUUGGCAUCAUUCAUAUGAUCUAUGACCUUCCAACGCCACUUGUCGUACACGUAAUUCAAGCCCCCCAGAAGCAACUCACACCAUCGAGGCAGCUCUAUGAAGCUCCGAGUAUUAUCUUCAACGAUUCCGAUCUUAUCGGCGUAACACUCCCUCAUAGUGAUCCAUUGGUCAUUGAGCUACACGUAAAUCGAUUCGUCGUUGAAUGUGUCUUCAUAGACCAAGGAAGCACUUUAGAGGUUAUGUAUUACGAAACCUUCGUCAGACUCGGUCUUAAUCAAUCAGACCUGUCUCUGGCUCCCCAUCCAUUGUUUGGCUUCAACGCGAAUCCAGAGUAUCUGUUGGGGAGGAUCACACUACCCGUUCGAGCCGACUCUCGAACGAUGGAUGUAGAAUUCUUGGUCAUCAACCUCCCAUCGCCGUAUAAUAUCAUCAUGGGGCGAACUUGGUUGCAUGCUAUCCAAGCCGUGCCUAGCACCUACCAUCAGCUGCUGCGCUUUCUUACCCAACAUGGUAUUGAGCAAAUCCGUGGUUCCCUGCACUCCGCACCAGCAUUCUGUCCCCCUCCCGAAAUACCGAAUCGGAACAUCCUCGACUAA